GUCAGAGAAGUGGGCGUUGCCGUAUGGAGGAAGGGGGGGGACUUUAAUAUAGCCGUCACUCACGUAGUCGACCAUUCAGUGACCAGCCAGCUUCAGGAGUGGGUGUGUUGACGUCUCUCUCUCUUAAGAUCGCUGUAUACAGUCUCCUGUGAACUGACCAUUUAACAACGAACCCGCAGCCAACAUAUGAAUCACUCCGGCAUGGACCACUCUGGCAUGGACCACUCCGGCAUGGACCACCUCGGCAUGGACCACUCCGGCAUGGACCACUCCGGCAUGGACCACUCCGGCAUGGACCACUCCGGACAUAACAUGGCCGUGGCAGUAGUCAACGCAACGGCCAAAGCUAUUGUAGAUGUUAUCGGAACAGGAGUCAAGAUGGCCACUGGCUCUGAUGCCGGCGUCGACCACAGCGGACACAUGGGACAAGAAGAUCACAUGGGCCACGGAGAUCACAUGGAGCCCACGGAGAUCACAUGGGCCACGAAGAACAUGCAAUGGGUACUGAAUCCGGGCAUCAUGGUGAAGGGGGUAAUGUCAUUCCACUUCGGGUACAAAGAGACAAUAUUGUUUGACUGGUGGAGCAUUGAUACCAUCGGUGGGUUGAUUGGUUCCAUGGUCGGCAUCUUCAUACUUGCGAUGCUGUACGAGGGACUCAAGUACUGGAGAGAGCACCUGUUCCGAAAGGCCAUAGCAGGGAUGCAGUACUGUGCCAACGUUCAAAAGGCAACUGGUGGUGAAGAAAACAAAACCGUACACAUGAACAUGAUAAGCCCAGAGCACGGGGUCCAGACGUUCCUUCACAUGCUGCAGAUGAUAGUGAGCUACUUCCUCAUGUUGAUAUUCAUGACUUAUAACGUGUGGCUGUGUCUGGCCACCGUCCUGGGGGCUGGCGUCGGUUACUUCCUGUUCGGGUGGCGUAAAUCCGUGGUGGUCGACAUCACCGAACACUGUCAUUAGCUUGUGUCUGUUAAUCUAUCAUAAAAAUUUAAGAAAUAAUUGAAUUGUGUAAUUUAUCUUAAUUCUUCUGGAGUUACAUUGUAUUUUCAUCACAUAAAUAUAUGACAGGAGGUACUUAUAUAUAUAUAUAUAUUUUUUAUAGCUCAGUAUAAACACACAGCACUACUUAACUAUUGGCUUCACUAUAUCAGGUGCUUUGAUAGGGGUCACGUUAUGGGUUCAUAGUCAUACAGUAGUGUUUUUGUGGUGGUUAUGCCUACAUGUGUGCGUGUUAUCUUUAUAAAUGCAUGUUAUGACUUUCAUACUUACAUGUGUUCGGCAUCACUGAUUGGUUGAUGUCCCACUAAUCAUCGACCAUAACACAGUGGUUAUGACACUCCUAAAUAGCAUAAAUAUCUUACAUUUAUCUCAAAACUGCAAUAUAUAGUUAUUAUUUAUAUAGUUCGCUGGCUUUUUAUUUAAGAUUAAUCAAUUGCGUAAUGAUUAAAAUCCUUAGAAUUAUCUGGCUGUAAUUAUUUCUCGAAGGUUGGUGUCGUGGAGGAGACGUCACUAUCAGGUUACAAAAAGCACUACGAUGCCAACUCUGACCCUCUGAUGUGACCCCUUAGAUUAUGUACAGUAGUAACUUGUUUGUGGUUUGAAAUGACAAGAAUAACUAGUAGUGAGUGAUAUUGGCAGCCUUAUUCAUUCUUAUUUCAAGCAACACAUGUCAGUCUUAUUUCUAGCAACACACAUCAUCUUUAUGCAGUCUAGCAACAUACUUGAGCCUUACAGAUAUUCAUUCUAGCAACACUCUUGAGCCUUAUCCAGUUUUACAAUGAGUGGUUUUAUAUGUUAUUCAUUGACUUGUAUAACUUGGUACUCUAGAUAAGUGUACAAGGAGAAUUGUCCUUUAUACGCACAACUCUGACCUUCCUGUUACACCUUAGUGGGAAAUGGCUUACAAGAUUAUAGAAGAGAAAUAGAUAGUUAAAGCUUUCCUGUGUUAUACUGUUUAUGGAGUAACUAUAUAAGCAGUGAUGACAAAUUCCCUGUCUUUUAUCUUUUAACCCCUAACUCUGUGUGUAGAUAAUAUGUUAUAUUUUUGUAAGAAAUUUGAUGUUAAUUUUUAUUCUUUUUUUGGCGGUGUACGUACAGGGUAUUUAUUUAUUGAUUAAUUUAUUUUUAUUUUUUAAUCCUGGUUCCAUUUUAGUUUGUGAAUGAUAAAAUAUCGAUAAGGUUUUCCUCCUUCUUCACCUUCUUCCCACCCUCCUCCUCCUUCACCUUCUCCUCCUUCACCUUCACCUUCUUCCCUACCCUCCUCCUACCCCUCCUCCUCCUUCACCUUCCUCUUCCCGUACCCCUCCUUCACCUUCCCCCUACCUCUCCUCCUCAACCCCCGUCGUGACUGGAGCAUUUCUCUUCGCUGAUUAAAAUUGUCUGGUGUUGGCAAGAUAGAAUAACAAAAGUGGUGUCCCCUACUGAAGAAGCUAAGAGGGACAAGAGAACAGGACUGCAGGUGAUGAGGAAAUAGAGAGGGCGACAUAACCAUGGGUAAAGGUCCUUGCUAUUGUCUUAUUUGGUGGUGGUUUUGUUUUACUGUUCUUAUCAUCAUGUAUGUUUUGUGGCCAUUUUUGUUUAUACUUGUGUGCAUUGGCCAUAGUUGUCUGAUGGUAUAAAAAUUUUUGAGACUUUAAGUUUUAUGGCUGUGCUCUCUUCCCUCCCAGCCUUCUCUCCCCAGGUUAUAUUGUAGCCUCUUAAAAGAACUGAUUUAGUCGGUAAUUCUCCAGGAGGAACGAGUCAUCAAGGACAUAAUUAGACAGCAACAGGGAGCAACAUGUUUAAAAGGAACGGAAUAGAUAUUAUUGAGGCGUUGUGUUGCGUCGAGAUGGUGUGUGUCAUUGAGGUUUAGACUGCCAAGGUUUACUAAAUAGGUCAGUUUAAGAUAAGCAACUACCAGUACUUAGGAAAAUUUAUCAUAAUUAAAGAUAUCAAUUACUUUUAGUUUUUUUUUUUAUUGUUCUAUUAAAAUUAUAUAAUACUCCAUUGUGGUCAUUUUAGUCAUAGAUUUUGUUGAAUACAAGUCGUUGCUAAUCAUAAAUAUUGAAUUAAUUUUACUGCAAUUUAAACUCUAAAACAAUAUUAACAUUGUCUUGGAAGAUGAUGAUAAAUAAGACUUAUAAAAAGAGUUGUGACGUGAGAUCAUUGGCUUUAAUAACAGUAUAUAAUCAUCUGUCAUUGACUAACUAAAUCUUCAUCGAUAUUCUGUCAUUGGUAUCAAGUGAAUAUUUCCAGCAUUUCCGAUAUUGAUACCAAAAUAUGUUGGUCAUCUUAUUCUGAACAGUUCAGUGUUCUGGUUUAAUUAUUCACUUAUCAUUCUGAACAGUCUGAAUGUGCUGGUUUAAUUAUUCACUUAUCAUUCUGAACAGUCUGAAUGUGCUGGUUUAAUUAUUCACUUAUCAUUCUGAACAGUCUGAAUGUGCUGGUUUAAUUAUUCACUUAUCAUUCUGAACAGUCUGAAUGUGCUGGUUUAAUUAUUCACUUAUCAUUCUGAACAGUCUGAAUGUGCUGGUUUAUAUUGUGUUUCUCUCCAUCAUUCUCAAUAGGUUUUAACAGGUUUAUAUUGUCUCUUAUUGUGUAUCCAAUUUAAAUAUCCCAUUGUAUCAAAAUCCUAUCAUGGGACCAAUUGUUUCUCCAGUUUUGUGUUUAUAUUUUCAAGUCGUUUAUAAGAAUCUAUUUAUCAUUAAACAUAAACAACAUC